AUGUCAGUCAGUUCAUAUCUAUCUAUCUAUCUAUGGACCGAACAUAUCGAUGUAUAUAGGAAUAGACAAAGAUAUGGAGAGAAUGAGGUAUCUACCUCUAAUAUAUAUAUCUAUAUAAGAAGAAUAUCUAUCUAUCUAUCUAUCUAUCUAUCUAUCUAUCUAUCUAUGUCAGUCUUUUCAUAUCUAUCUAUCUAUGUUCAUAUCUCUCUUAGAUCGAUAUAUAUGAAUAGACAAAGAUAUGGAGAGAAUGAGGUAUCUACCUCUAAUACUUAUAUCUAUAGAAGAAGAAAAUCUAUCUAUCUAUCUAUCUAUCUAUCUAUCUAUCUAUCUAUCUAUCUAUCUAUCUAUCUAUGCCAGUCUUUUCAUAUCUAUCUAUCUAUCUAUCUAUCUAUCUAUCUAUCUAUCUAUCUAUCUAUCUAUCUAUGCCAGUUUUUUCAUAUCUAUCUAUCUAUCUAUCUAUCUAUCUAUCUUAGAUCGAUAUAUAUGAAUAGACGAAGAUAUGGAGAGAAUGUGGUAGCUAUCGCUAAUAUAUAUCUAUAUAAGAAGAAGAAAAAGAAGAUCUAUCUAUCUAUCUAUCUAUCUAUCUAUCUAUCUAUCUAUCUCUGUUCAUAUCUCUCUAUCUUAGAUCGAUAUGUAUGA